AUGUAUCUUGUUACAAUAUUAUUAUGUGGUAUGUAAUUAUAAAAAAACAAUCAUCUAAAUUAGUGAUAGAUUUUAUUGUAUUUUUUUAAAAUGAAAUUAACUAAGUAGUUUUAUUUAUUUACUAGGUACUUAUUUAUAUUAUAUUAUAAAAAUAACAUUAAAUUAAAUUAAUUCUUAUAUUUUUGAUCACUUUUUAUUUUUAUUACAGAAUGGACUCAAGAACUCAAAACAGGGAGAUUAACAUUGGUAUUUCAUAAUUUUGACUAUUCCAAGGGAGAAGCUGGAUUGCUAUAUAUUUAUAUUUGUUCAUUUGUAUUGACUAAAAUGUAUUUUGAAAGACUUGAAGCAUCAAAUUCCAAUUAUUUAAAAUUUAUUAACCCAUCAGAAUUGUUUUUUAUAUCUAUGGUAAAUUUAAUAGGUUUUAGUAUUUAAACACCUAAAUUUAAAUGUUUUUAUUAACUUUUUAUAGUUAGUUGUUACUAAAUAUCUAUAUGAUGCUGUUGAAUAUUAUUGGGCAGUUAAUAGAGAAUGGGAUGUAAUGUAUCAGUUUUAAUACUAUCAAUUGAAUGAAAAAAGAUUAUUUAUCUUCCAUGAUUAUAACUUCAAAUGUAAGAUUUUAUAUAUGUUUAAUUAUUUUUAAUCUAAUAGUUUCUGUUAAAAAUUUAAAAUAACAAACCUGAGGUUUAUUAAAAUUAAAACAGACAUGAAUAUAAUAUAAAAUUAUUCCCAUUUAUUGGGAAAACCCCUGAGAAAAUCAAAAAAUGAUCUCUCUAAAGUAUCUCUCCAGUCAAAUUUCCUUUUAUAUAAAAUGCUAUCAUUAUAAAUCGGGAAAAAUUGCUGGUAGAAAAGUUGUUCACAGAUAUAAAAAUAAACAUCACUAUAAAAUCAUAAGCUACUUCGCUCCACUCAGAAUUUAAAAUGUUUAAUAUUUUAUAAUAGAUUAUAGAAAACGGUGUAUUAAUUUUGUAUAGAUUUUAUAAAAUAAUAUAUAAUAGUUAUCAGUGGCUUACAAAUUUUAAAAUAAUUAGUAAUUUUUAAAAUUGUAAUGAUUUAAAUCUAACACAACAUAACAAAUAUUACAGUGUUUAAAUGAACUGAAUUUAUAUGGCUCACAUACAAAAAAAAAAAAAAAACUAAUUAAAUCAAAUUUAUUAUUUGCAAUAAUUGAUUACACAAAUUUUAAAAUCUACUGUUAUUUAUUGUAGUGUAUUUAUAGAACUGGGAACUUUUUAUAAGUAAUGAAGAAUUUUAUAGCAGACACAAACAAUUAGUUCUCAACUCUAUGGUGAUUUUAAGAAAUCAAACAGUUCUUUUGAAAAUGUCCCCAUUGAUCUUAUCAGUUGUACAGACAACCAGAAAGGUUAGUUAUUAUUUUAUUAAAUUAUGGUAUUAUUCAAAUUUAAUAAUUAAACUUAAAUAAUUAUUAUUUAAUUGUAUAGACGAAAAAUUGUUUUUCAGGAGAUUAAAGAAAUGAUUACCAUAUGCUCUGUUAUGACUAGUAAUGCAGACAUUUUUAUUUUUUUAUAUUAUACAUGUAUUAAUUGCAAUUCAGUGAAACCUGUCUAAACAGACAAAAUAAUAAUGCCCUGGAAAAAAGAUAGGCAUUUCAAUGUACUUUGAUUUGUCUAUAACUGACUUUCUAUUUUGGUUUAUUGAUAAUGGACAACUUAGUUCAAAAUCAAAUUUAUCGCAAAUGUGCUGAUACAUUCCAUACAAUAGAAUUCCAGUCUAUUUUUAAUACUGAUUAUGACUGAUUACAUGUUUGAUAAUAAGGAUAAAGUUAAUUUCAAGGAUAGAAUAAUUCAUUCAUUUUAAUUUUAGAUACCAAGGAAUGUAUUGGUUUUAGAAUGAUUUAUAUAUGUACAUAUAUAUUGUUUUUGUGAACAACUUUUCUACCAAAAAUUUUGAUUGGAUUUUCAAGUAUUGCUCUUUUUUUAAAAGUAAGUAACUGGGUUACUUUAUUAUGUCAAUUUUCUUAGUUUGGAAUCUGCUAGAAACAAAUUGGAAACACAUGAAGAAAUUAACUAUCAGAAUAUGAUUAAGAGGAAAAGCCAUAAGUUACCAAAAUUUGAACUGUAUGGGAGCCAAUUAAAAUCAAAAAGUGGUCAUUUCAAGAUUGCAGCUAAGGGAUCAAAGAAGAACAAUAAAUUGGCUUUUUACUGUUGUAGAAUGGACAGUCAUUUCAAGCCAAAUUGUGAGUUUAAAACAUAUUCUUGUUCUAAUUGUUCUAAAAUUAGUCAUCUUAAGAAAGUUUUUAAAAAUAAAACUGAACAUGUUAAUAAUGUAGAUUUAGUUGAUUUAAAUUUAAGUAAUAUAUGUAAUCUAGACUCAGAUGUUAGUAACUCAGUUAUACAUUUUUAUGUUAAACUGUGUAUUAGCAAAAAAGUGAGUUUUUAGUUGAUACAGGAUCAGCUUUGUAGGUUAUAUCAAAAAAAGAUUUUGAAUGUUUUAAGAUAGUGAAGAUUGAGGAGGAUCUUAAAAAACUACUAUUGGAUUAAAAGUGUACAAUGGUUCAGUUAUUAUUUGGAAUUUUGAAAUGUAGAGUGAAGUAUAAAAAUUUAAAUAGUUUUAAAUCUGCAUGUAGUGAGAGAUGGUGGUCUUCCUAUAAUGGGUAGAGAUUGAUUAAAAGAAUUGAAGAUUUUAUCUAUGUGCAUAGAUUUUAAUUCAUUAACACUUGAGAGUGUUAUAUAUAAGUAUUCCUCAGUUUUUAGAGUAGAUUUAAAUUGUUACAAACAUAAGACAAACAUAAAUGAUAAGAUGUUUGAUUUAAUUUUAAAAGAAAAUGCUAAACCGAUAUUUUGUUAGCCUAGAGUUUUACCUUUCUUUUUGAAAGACAGUGUGAGUAAAGUGCUAGACAGAUUAAUUGCAGUAGAUUUACUGUUACCAGUUGAAGCCAGAGAUUGGGGUACACCAAUAGUACUAGUAGUCAAAGCGAAUGGUUCUAUUAGAAUAUGUAGUGAUUAA